CCUCGCGUCUCGACUCUGCAUCCGCAUCCACUGCAAUGUCGACCUCUAAAUCCAGAUGGGCCGACGAAGAUCCCGAGACAGAAGCGCUCAUUGCCCAGCGCAAGCGCGAAAAGGAGGAGAAGCGACGGGCUAAGGCCGAGAAGCAGCGACUCGAAGAGCAAGCUAAGGCUCAAGCUGCAGCGGAACGCCAAGCCGGUGAUUCCAGGCUCAAUGGCGACCCCAGUGAAGCGCCUCCGAAGAAGCGUCGACGGCUCUCAAAUGAGCAGCAGCCGGGAUCCAGCGGUGAGCAGGCUGCGAAACAAGGGAAACCAACGACACUGUUACAAUUCCCCGCGUUGGAAUGGGGACCCUGUCGCCAUGUGGACAACUUCGAGCGCCUGAACCAUAUUGAAGAAGGCUCAUACGGCUGGGUUAGCCGCGCAAAGGAGCUCACAACCGGCGAAGUCGUUGCCCUGAAGAAGCUCAAGCUAGACAAUUCCCCCGACGGGUUCCCCGUAACUGGACUUCGGGAGAUCCAGACUCUUCUUGAAGCGCGCCAUCAAAACGUUGUUUACCUCCGCGAGGUCGUCAUGGGAAACAAAAUGGACGAAGUCUACCUCGUAAUGGACUUCCUCGAACACGAUCUCAAGACCCUCCUCGACGACAUGCGAGAACCAUUUCUCCCGUCCGAAACCAAAACCCUUCUCCUCCAGUUCAUCUCUGGUCUCGACUUUCUUCACUCGCAAUGGAUAAUGCACCGUGAUCUCAAGACAUCCAACCUCCUUUUGAAUAACCGCGGCGAGCUCAAGAUCGCUGAUUUUGGAAUGGCACGCUACUACGGAGACCCUCCGCCAAAACUAACGCAACUCGUUGUGACGCUUUGGUACCGCUCCCCGGAGCUUCUGUUGGGUGCGGAGAGUUACGGUCCUGAGGUUGAUAUGUGGAGUGUGGGGUGUAUAUUCGGGGAGCUUCUUACGAAAGAGCCGCUUCUGCAGGGGAAGAAUGAGGUCGAUCAGGUGUCCAAGAUAUUCGCUCUAACUGGCCCUCCAACACCGCAAAACUGGCCUGGUUUCCGCUCACUGCCAAACGCAAAGUCGCUCCGUAUUCCGCCUACGCAGACAUCAUCCACAUUACUCCCGCGGUCAAAGUUCCCUUUUCUUACAAAUGCCGGCCUGCAGCUUCUCUCUUCCUUACUCGCGCUGAAUCCAACUUCGCGGCCUACCGCCGCCAAAUGUCUUUCACAUCCAUAUUUCCGGGAAGAUCCUCGGCCUAAACCUAAGGAAAUGUUUCCGACGUUCCCGUCCAAAGCUGGCAUGGAAAGAAGACGACGUCGGGAAACCCCAGAAGCUCCAAAGCGGGGACAGGAAGCUCCGAAGUUAGAUUUCGCUAGUGUAUUCGGUGGUCAGUCUGCUGGUGAUUAUGGGGAAAGCGGGGCUGGGUUUACCUUGCGCUUGGGAUAGGCGAGUUUAUAUAUUGUCUGAUAGACUCUAUCGCGCAAACCACGCUUACCAGUGUGACCCUAUACCAAACCAGCCGAAACUAGUAGCUAUUAUCUACAAAUAUUACUAACAAUGAA